AUGGGCAAGAGUAAGAUGGACGAUGCUGCAGCGGCUCGGAUCCGCAAGACCAGAGGCGAUAAAGACGAGUUCGCCAAACGCGCCGCCAUGGCCGCCCAGGCGAACAGACACAAGGAAACAUCAGGGAGGGAGCAAAAACGGGGCCAGUCAAGUGGUGGAAGCAACCAUGAGGGGGGGGCAGAAAUAAGGGUUGCAUGGUCUCCGAUACAAAAGACGGAGAGUUCCAAAGCGUAG